AUGAGACCGAGUUCAACCAUGAGAAGAUCGGGAAUCAAUGUAAAGACAGUUUGGUCUGUCUUUCAAAACAAACUCCUCGACAAGAUGCCGUUUUCCAGAACCACGAGGACCCUGAAUGAUAAUGAACGAGUUCACGUUCUCGUCUAUCCAGCGUUUGAUCUCAGUGCUCAAUCUGUCGAGUUCCUUGGACAUUCCUUCGAAGCUGUGUGUGGUUCCGCUGCGAGCCUUUGCAGGCCACGAGAGAACACUCGAGACUCUGCUACGAGUGCUGUAGAAGAGCUUGGACAACUGCUGGAAAGCCUGGUUCUUCUCCAGAGAGUACUUCUCAGUGAUCUUUUCGCUCACAAAGAAAUAUCUGAUUGGAUCAAAGACCAGAACCGCAAAUGUUGCAAACAGUGCGAAAAUCAGCGGGAACGCAAUACGAGAGUGGUUGGUGAUGAAGUUUCCAAUCAGGGUAGCCUUGACAAUCGGCGAGUACUGGAUAUGAACCACUGUGUCGCCAAUACGCAAACCGGUGACGCAAUGGCGAGCCGUGAUUGCUGCCCUGAUGGAUCUGUAGAUCACCAAAGUGAACGGAUCUUUAGAGUCUGUAGGAGGAGGAAUGAUGUCGUUGAUCACUCCGUAACGUCUCAGCAGCAGAUACAGGUUUUCCUGGGUCAAUGGUGGACCUUCAAACCAAAGCUUGAUUCUCGGACUAGGAUAUCUUCUCAGAUCUUCGAUCCAAGGAGUUCCCUUAACAGGAAAGCAACGGGUGUGGAUGAAAUAGUGCAAAAUACUGUCAUUGUACUUGUCGCUGACGUUCUCCAUGAUCUGUUUGUUGAAUUCAAUGGUGUCCAUUUCAGGAGGAACGGCAAACUUGACAAAGGCUCCACCGUCUCUGCCGAUAUACUUGAAACUCUUGAUUUCCAAAGGCAAUGGAGCAUCUUUAUUCUGAGCAAGGUUCAACACUUUCUGUUUGAGAGCUUUGUCGGAGUGGUCAACAAACAAAGAAGCAAACCGCUUUCUGAUGUCGUACUUUCCUGUUUUGAACGGAGUGAUGCGAUCAAAAUACAUCAUCGACUCCUUGUUCUCCUUGAGCAUCACCCCGGUAUUGGUGACAUCGUCAUCCUCUCCCGCGUUGCUUUGAUGCAAAAUUGCCUCUUCAGAAAUGAAUCUGAAUUGACUCAGCGACGUCUUCCAAGGACUAUUGACCUUUGA